UAAUGCCCUCCCUCUCUCCUCCAUUGAUCUUUACGCUUUCCUUCGUCCGAUUCUUUCUCCUUCCUCUCCCCCUUUUGUUGGUUACCGGAUGUCUUCUCAUCUCUUCUGCAAUCGCCUUCAUCCAUGUCUGAGAUCGUCUCGGAAAAAGAGAAUCGUGGCUUAAUUUUGCUUUCCGUUCAUCGAUUCUCCUUGUCGCUCACUUUGCAUCGAAUUGAGAGAUCCAUGGCGCUGCAGUUGAUCUGUUGCUUUCUAGUGUUCUUGCUCUAUGGCAAUGUUUCCGGAAAGGAAUGCACCAACACUCCUAAUGAGCUAUCUUCUCACACUGUUCGUGCUCAGCUUAUGUCCACCGAGAAGCAAUCUUGGAAGGCGCAUGCGCUCUCUGACUACCACUUAAACCCCACGGAUGAGUCCGCGUGGAUGGAGUUGGGACGGAGAGAAGCGCUGAAUAAGGAGGUUGGUAUCGAGGAAUUUGACUGGCUGAUGCUCUACCGGAGCAUGAAGGGUUUCGGCCGGGUCGAGGUGAUCGCGAGGCAGCGAGGAGAAGAUUUCCUUAGCGAGGUGUCGCUCCACGACGUUCGUCUUGACCCGGAUUCCAUGUAUGGACGAGCACAGCAGACGAAUUUGGAGUACUUGUUACUUCUUGAUGUCGAUCGACUGGUUUGGAGCUUUCGGAAACAGGCUGGUUUAUCAGCUCCGGGUGAACCUUAUGGAGGAUGGGAGAGACCAGAUGUGGAGAUUAGAGGGCAUUUUGUGGGGCACUAUGUGAGUGCUUCUGCUCAAAUGUGGGCUAGUACACACAACAGAACGCUAUAUGAAAAGAUGUCGUCAGUGAUUGAUGCACUUUAUGAAUGCCAGAAGAAGACAGGCACAGGAUAUCUGUCUGCUUUCCCUCCUGAAUUUUUUGACCGUUUUGAAGCUAUAAAAAGUGUUUGGGCUCCAUAUUACACAAUUCACAAGAUCAUGGCUGGCCUCCUCGAUCAACAUAUAUUAGCUGGUAGUGUCAAAGCAUUGCAAAUGGUGGUGUGGAUGGCAGAUUACUUUGGGAACCGUGUCAAGAAUGUUAUACAAAAAUACAGCAUAGAAAGACAUUGGUCGUCUCUCAAUGAAGAAACUGGUGGGAUGAAUGAUGUUCUUUAUAGGCUCUACAGUGUGACGAAAGAUCAAAAGCAUCUGGUAUUGGCUCAUCUUUUUGACAAGCCAUGUUUUCUUGGUUUGCUUGCAGUUCAGGCUGACAGCCUUUCUGGUUUUCAUUCAAAUACACAUAUCCCAGUUGUUGUAGGAGCACAGAUGAGAUAUGAGAUCACAGGUGAUCCACUAUACAAGGAUAUUGGUGCAUUUUUUAUGGAUGUUGUGAAUUCUUCCCACAGCUAUGCUACAGGAGGAACCUCAGUUGGCGAAUUCUGGUCUGAUCCAAAACGUUUAGCAGAUACACUAGGUACAGAAAAUGAAGAAUCUUGCACAACUUACAACAUGCUUAAGGUAUCUCGCAACUUAUUUCGUUGGACAAAGGAAAUGGCAUAUGCUGAUUAUUAUGAGAGAGCAAUAUUGAAUGGCGUGCUAAGCAUUCAAAGAGGGAAGGAGCCUGGAGUGAUGAUUUACAUGCUUCCACUGGGGCGUGGAUACUCCAAGGCAAGGAGCUACCACGGGUGGGGAACAAAGUUUGAUUCAUUUUGGUGUUGUUAUGGAACAGGAAUAGAAUCAUUUUCAAAGCUAGGAGAUUCUAUUUAUUUUGAGGAGAAGAGAACAACACCAAGCCUUUAUGUCCUACAGUAUGUAUCAAGUUCUUUUAUUUGGAGAUCUGCAGGGAUUGAACUCAAGCAGAAGACAAAACCUGUUAAUUCCUUUGAUCCUUAUCUCCAAGUAUCCAUAACGAUUUCAACUAAUAAGUCAAGUAGUCAAAUUUCAACUUUGAACCUGAGGAUACCAUCUUGGACAUCUUUAGAUGGUGCAAAAGCAACUCUAAAUGAUAACAAUCUGCAGCUACCAUCUCCUGGAAAUUUCAUUUCUGUGACCAGAAAUUGGAUGUCAAACGACAUCGUGACUGUUACAUUGCCUCUCAGAUUAAGGAUGGAGCGCAUACAGGAUGAUCGGCUUGAAUAUGGAUCUAUCCAGGCAAUUCUUUUUGGACCGUAUCUUCUUGCAGGUCUGACCAAUGGCGACUGGGACAUUAAUACUGGGAAUUCCAGCUCUAUCUCCGACUGGAUCACGGCCAUUUCAGCUUCAUAUAGUGGUCAGCUGAUAAGCCUCACGCAGGAGACCAACGGCAAGACGCUCGUCUUCUCCAAUUCCAACGGCUCACUGACAAUGGAGGAACUGCCCAUUGAGGGGACUAAUGCGGCUAUCCACGGAACAUUCAGAUUUGUGUUCCCCGAGAAGGCGGCUGCUGUCCAGAGCUACGUUAUGCUGGAGCCAUUUGAUCUUCCUGGCACGACGGUGGUGCAUCGAGGCCCGAACAAUGGGCUCGCAGUGUCAUCAUCGUCGAUUGCUCCUGGUGCUGAUGCCAUGUUCAACAUAGUACAGGGGUUGGAUGGCGAACAUGGGACGGUGUCGUUGGAGUCGAGCACCCAACGAGGAUGUUUCGUGUGUGGCAUCGGUGGAUCGUAUCUCUCUGCUGCCGGGAACAAGACGGUUCAACUGAUCUGCCCAUCGGAUUCGGAGCUCGACAUGAUGUCUUUCCGGCAGACUGUGAGCUUCACUCCUGUUGCCGGAGGGUUGAGGCAGUACCAUCCUAUUAGCUUCGUGGCUAAGGGAGUCAGCCGGAAUUUUCUGCUGGAGCCUUUGCUGAGCUUGAGAGAUGAGACAUACACUGUCUACUUCGACAUCCACCAACAAGGCAAUCCAGCGAUCGACAACUUUGCCAGAGCCACCUUCACGCCCGUCGAAUAUGACACAUCGUGAUGUGUGUUACGUUGAUGGGUCGCAGCCAAUUCUCGACGGCAGCCAGAUGUAAAUAUGUUUGUGUCGUAAUCUAUAAACUCAUUUGACUGAAAGAUUAUAGAACAGCAUCCAUCUGUCAUAUUUGUGGUGCCGAGAUUACAUCUAUAGAACAGAGCAACAGAAUAUAUCAUCGUUGCUGUCUGACA